AUGAAAAACUAGCAUAUUAGAUUGUAAUUAUAAUAUCAUAUCCAGAAAAAAGAAAAGAAUACAUAUAUAUAUGAUUACAACAUUUUUAGAUUGCUUAUUUAUGACAUCAUUUUUAAUAUUAGAAAAAUCAGGAAUCACCUUAUACAUAUAUAGUAAUAUAUUACUUGUCUGUGCUUUAAUAUUGGAUUGCUAUCUAUUGUAUUUUAAUAGAAGAAUGUAGGAAUCAAUUAAAAAAUUAAACAAAACAUCAACAAUUAUUAGAUUUUAUAUUUUGAUAUGUUCAAUAUUUGUUAGUUUAAGAUUGGAUAAGAUUAUAAAUUGGGAAUGGAGUGCUGUAUUAUGGGCUUUAUGGUUAGGUUUAUUUUGUUCAAUUGCCAUUAGUAUUGGAUGUUUAAUCAUAACUUUUAAUAAAGUAGUUUAAUAUUUAUUUGAUAAAUCAAGCACUUAAAAAUCUAAAAGUAUUAAAAUUGUAAAUAUAUAGUCAUUUCCUAUAUCUGGUUAACACAAUUAUCAAUUUAUAUAACAAUAUGUAUAGGGCUUACUUCAUUAGGUUAUUUAGAUUUAUUAACUAUGAAACUGAAUUAUUAGAGGAAUUUCAUUAUUCUUCAAUAUUACAUUAUAGCUGAACUCAUUAUAAUAAUGUUCUAUUAAAUAUAUUUCCAUAUAGAAAUAAAUGAAUAUAUUUAUAGUAUUCUCUAAGAUGAUGAACCAUUAAAUAAUUAAUAAUAAUUAUCUGCACAUUCAUAAAGAAACAAUUAAACAUUAUAAAAUUUAAAUGUACUUACUUCAAGAACAAGAAUACCUUAAGUUAUGCAAAAGAUCUCUAAAGCUUAUUUCAGUAUUCCAAAAGAAAAAGAUAAAUAUAUUAAAGAUUCUAUUCAUGGUUCUCCAAUGUUAAAACUAUCAUAAAAAGGACAUAAAAGAGCAUUUUCAAGUUAAGGCGUAGGAUCUUAAAUGUUUUAAGAAUUAGAUUUCAAAAUAAUUGAAAAAUAAUCAUGUGCUAUUGAUUAAGGUAUUACAAAUAGAACAAGAUCUUAGGUUGAAAAAAGAAGAAGCAAUUCUUAAUUGAUUACUGUAAUUAGUAAAAAUAUUAAAGAUUGUUAGAGAUGAAUCUAUUCAAAAUUAGAAAUUAGACAUUAGUUAGACUAGUAAUGUUUGUAUAGUUUGUUAUGAAAGAGGACCAAAUGCAGUAUUUAUGAAUUGUGGACAUGGAGGUACUUGUUAUUAAUGUGCUAUUGAUAUAUGGAAAUAAAAAACAGAAUGUUAUUUAUGCAGAGAUGUAAUUGAAUUAUAAAGAUUAUAGAAAAUAGUUUAUAUUUUGAAAGUAGAUCUUGAUGAGAGAUUAGGAGAUCUUUUCAAAGUUGUUUCAACCACUUAAAUGAUAGAUUAAUUUAACAAAUGA